AUGACGGAAAAUGGCUUUCGAAGUGGAAUGUUGACGCUAACGACGACCGCGCUUGGGGGUGGAGUGCUCUCGGUUGCCUUUGUUAUGAAUGUUUGUGGAGUGGGGCUGGGCUGCGUGAUGCUGAUGACUGGUGCACUCCUGGCUUAUGUGGGAAUGGAUGCCCUGAUGGACAUGAGCACCAGAACCGGCUGCAGCUCAUACGCAGCUCUCUUUUCCCACUGUGCUGGACCCAAAGCAGGCCCCAUUUUGGAUGCGAUGCUCUUUAUCUAUGGCAACGGUGCCUGCGUGGGAUACAUGGUCUUCAUCGGGGAUUUCGUGCCGAACAUCAUCGCUUUGAUUUUCCCAGAGGACUGGGCGCAGGACACAAUGGGCCCCACACGUACCUGUUCCAUACUUGUGGCGGCCGUGCUGCUGGUGCCGAUGAUGCUUCCUAGCGAUCUAUCCAAGCUGAAGUUUCUACAGCCAGUCUCUAUUAUGUCGCUUUUGUACAUGUCCUUCGUUGUGGCUUUCAGAUGCCCGAGAAUGUUCCAAGUGAAUCAGGUCACCGAUGGGCCUGUCAGAGUGGCCAGCUUUACUGUGCAUUUUUUUGAGGCAUUCGCCUUGUGCGUCUUCGCUUUCAACUGUCACUUGAACGUGGUGCCGAUCGCAGAUCGUCUCGUCCGACCAACGCGCGAACGAAUGAAGAAAGUUUCGGCACGUGUGAACAUUUUCCAAUGUGCCUUCUACAUUUUGAUCGGUGUCACCGGCUACUUGUCCUUUCUCAACAAGACUCGCUCGGACAUCCUGCAGAAUUAUGAUCCCACGGACUACAUGGUAGCGGCCGGCCGAUGCUUUCUGACGCUUACGAUGAUGGUCGCUAUCCCAGCGAAUCUGAAUCCAACCGUGAAAUCUGGUGUUCAGCUGAAGGAAUACUUUGUGAAGGCAGAACCCUCGCUGCUGGAGAGCCCGGCAAAUUCAGAGGGAGAAGUUCGAGACCAACCAUGCUUCCGCAUCGGGGUCUCUGUUGCCUGCUUGGCUUGUCAAGCUGCUGUUGCCGUGAAUGUGCCGAACGUGGGGACUGUGCUCAGCAGCUCUGUUCAUCGUAGCAUGCGCGGGUCGACGUCUGGAUGUUCUUCGUAG